UGGCCUGCGGCGAGAGCAGAGAGCGGGUCCUCGGCUGCCUGGUUGGGAGCGUCCCGCCCCCUGCACCUGGGAGGAUGGAGCCCGGGGCGCCCGGCGGGGCGAGGGCGGAGCCGCGGCCCAGGUGGACGGUAGAGAGCACAGCUCAGCUGCGCCUGGGCCGGCGGGGGUAAAGGAGAUCGCGCAGUGGGCCCCGGACCCAGCUCUGCAGGCGGGCUGCUUCCCGAGAACCCGUCUCAAAGGAGGGAGAUGGAGGAGGAAGGGGUAAGAAGCUUCAAGGAACUUCGAGCCAAAUUUCAGAAAUGGGAUGCUCCGCCUCUCCUAGGGCCUAUUAAAUUCCCAGCAAGUGUGUCUCAAACAGCUGACAUCGGAUGGGCAUGGCCAACCCCGAUUGUGGCCCCUGGGAAACCCUGCCCAUCCUACCACAACUGGUCCCCGGCGCGGGGUCCUGGCGCUGAGGCCAACACCCCUCAAGCCCAGCGCAUGAAAUGGACCCAGAGGCGUAAAAUCCAGAAGAGCUCAAGUUCCCCAGGACUUUUAGAAAAACCUACUGCAUCUUCUCCAAGGGAGUCCCAGGUAGCUUCUCUGCCCCCAGAUGUGAAUGCAUCAAACCCAGAGGUGGACGAUGAGGAGAAAGGGAUGGGGGCCAGCAGCUUCCAAGACAAGCUCAGGAAGUGGGAGAAGGUUUCAUCUCAGAAGGGCGUGAUGCGCUUGGCUCCUCUCCUCACCAGUGGUGGGACUAAGGCUUUCCAAGGUCCAGGAAAGCAGAAAAGCACGGGGCUUCUUCCAGAGAGACCAUGGGGGAAUAUUCAACCAAAAUGGGCCCAGACACUCCCUGCCCAGAUGGAGCUGGCCCAUAGAAAAAUCCUCGCCACCUCUGAGAAGGUCCCCUCUCUCCGCUCUGGAGCGGGCAGGAAGAACCAAGAAAAACCCAGUGUUGCUAGCUCAACAGAUGAUCCCUGCCAGCCUGCUUACGAAUGUGAGCUCGCCAUCCCAGCCCCAGCAAACCCUCUGGACACCAAGCAACCCCAGCUCCCCAGAACGAAGCCACUGCCUCCCAUUGAGUCUCUGGGUCCUGCUCCCCCAAAGCCUCCAAAGCCCCCAGCCGUAGAUCUCCAGGCUUUCCAGAGGCAGCAGGCUGCCCUCACUGAGACCCAAGCCAAAGCGGACGGGAAAGAGCUCCUUGGUCCUCCAGAGAGAGUAGAAAUUCUUGAAGCAAACCCUCUGGACACCAAGCAACCCCAGCUCCCCAGAACGAAGCCACUGCCUCCCAUUGAGUCUCUGGGUCCUGCUCCCCCAAAGCCUCCAAAGCCCCCAGCCGUAGAUCUCCAGGCUUUCCAGAGGCAGCAGGCUGCCCUCACUGAGACCCAAGCCAAAGCGGACGGGAAAGAGCUCCUUGGUCCUCCAGAGAGUGCUGAAUUUGAAGAACCACAUAAUUAUGAGGCAACAAUUUCAUCUCUGAGACAGUCUGGCAACUCCAUUAACCUGUGCACUGCAGAAAAAAUUGCUGGUGCAACUUACGAAGUUGAAAUUGAAGAGCUCCCAAAGCCUUGGAAGAGUUGUCUCCCUCAAGAACUUUGCCCUCAAGAAGAUAAGUACAUGCAGGGAAAAGAGCCGUGUGAACUGGGACAUCAGGAAUCAGCACAGGAACCACACGCAAGGCAUCCAGCCAAGGUAGAUGUUUAUGAGGUAACACCGGAACAUCUCCAGAUGACCAGCGUCCACAGUGAUGGAUGGAUCAUGGCGGCUGCACCACAGGAAACCACGGCUGAUAACAUGGAAGCAAAGGCUUGGUCUGAGGAUGUGAACCUGGCUGGGCCCUCCCAAGACCAGGGUGGCUGUGAGAAGGCUUUGGAGCUGACUGCACACCCCCAGGACCUGGUGGCCUUUAAUCCACGUCCCGUGUCACAGGCCACAUAUGAUGACGUGGAUUGCCUCAGGGCAGACAUAUCCAAGUCGGACUUCUCUAGCUCAUUCACCUCAGACAGUGUUUCAGAAGAAAGUAGUGAAGAAAUCUAUGACGAUGUCUGCAAAACAAAGAGCAAUUCUUCCCAAAUAGAGUUAGAUGGAAAAGAAGCUCUUAAAAGACUGCAACAAUUUUUCAGAAAAGAAAAGGACAGAUUUAAAAUGAAGGCGAUCAAGUCAAAAGAAAAUCUGAGGGCGUUUUCAGUUUCACUGCCUGAUUUACAACUUAGGUCUCAGGAAGUUGUUAUCUACGAUGACGUGAACACUAUUGAGAGCGAGGCAAAUUUUUCUCCUAGAAAUUUCUUCAGAACCAAGAAGAAAAACUACUUAGAAAAGAACAGAAUAAGAGAGGAAAAGCUUUUUAGACAACGGUUUCAGUAUAACAAGGAAAUUGCUGUCAUCAACAGAGCAGUGGUAUGUUCCAGUACUUCAAGGAAUGGAAUGUUUGAUUUGCCAGUAACUCCUGGGGAAGAACUGGAAGUCAUCGACACCACCGACCAAAACCUAGUGAUAUGCCGCAAUUCCAAAGGCAAAUAUGGAUAUGUCCUCAUUGAACAUCUAAACUUCAAGCACCACGGAUGGUCGCCCUUGGAAGACCAGGACCCAAUGGGAAGGCCUGUGCAAGGGGUGGCAGCAUCUAGGACCUGACCUGCCUCCCAGCAGCAGGUCAAGGGAACGAGAUGGUGUGGCUGGAGACUCUGGGAGUGCAGAAGACGGAAGCGAGCGUGAAAGCUGUGUUGGUUCUGCUCCUACAAGUUUGUCUUUCAGUGUCUGUGUCACUGCUGGUUUGGGAGAUUGUGAAGUGUGUGCUCCUCCUGGAGUCCUCGCUUAAUGAGCCGUGUCUAAACUUAGCCAUCACGCCUUAUGGCCCUUACUCAGCUGUGCAGAUGGCUGACAUGCGCCCAUAAUAAUCUCUAAGUGUGGUGCCACAAUUAAAUUUGGGAUAAUUCUGAACAGCAAAUGUAGCCAAGGUCUAUUAUAUACUCAAACUGAAGGUGCAGCCUUAAAAUAAUUAUGGCUCAGUCUUUGAUAUUUUUAAGUAUCAUUCUGCUUUACCACCACAACAAAACUAGAUAAA